CCAGUCCAUCUUGUUGGGAGUCUUCCUCUUUUACCCUGACCCUCUACUUUCCCAAGCAUGAUAUCCUUCUCCAGGAAGUGGUCCCUCCUGAUAAAUGUCCAAAGUAUAUGAGAUAAAUUCUUGCCAUCCUCGCUUCUAAUUGAGCUAUAACAUACAAUAAAGUUAACAAGUCCAAAAUGUCCAGAUGUUUAUAUAUGUGUGUGUUGUAUGUAUAUCCAUCCAUGCAACCACCACUUAGAUGUAGAUGUGGAGCAUUGCUAGCACUGUAGAAGGCUAAAUUACACCAUUUCUAGGUAACAUGCAAAGGUAAUCACUUUUCUGACAUCAGUCAUUAUAGAUUAGCUGGGCUGUUCUUUAACUUCAAGUAAGUGGAAUCCUAAAGUAUGCUAUGUACUCUUUUGUUGGUCCAGUUUCUUUUGCUCAACAUUAUGCCUGUGAAAUUUAUCCAUGUGGUCGGGUGUAGUUUCUUUUUUUUAUUACUGUGUAGUAUUCCAUUGUAGGAAUAUGUCACAAUUUAUCCGUUUUCCUGUUAAUGGUCAUUUGGGUUGUUUCCAGUUUUUGGCUGUUAGGAAUAAGUUUCUCUGAACAUUCUUCAUUAUGUGUCUUAGUGGACAUAUGCAUUCAUUUCUCUUGUGUAUAUAUCUGGGAAAUACUGGGUCAUGAGGGUAUGCAUGUUUUUAACUUUGGUAUUGUGUGGAAAAUCAAAUCCCUCUUCUCUGGCACCAAACUGUUGAUCACUCCAAAUCAAUUUAUUAUCAGUUCUGUUCCCCUCUGUUCUGAUACCAGCUGCCCGUGUUGUACUUCAUCUUCUAACCCUAACCACCUGGAGCUAGGUAAGACCUCACAUGUUAAAGGGCACAUAGUCUUCCAGAGUGCCAACUCUGCCCGAGACCUCAUACAUCAACUGCAAGCUUGGGAAUCUUCUCAGCACCCUCACUUCUGAUCGGCUGGCUAUAGAUUCGGGAUUUUCUUCUACUGCAUCAGGAUACCAGCUAUAAACUUAUUGCAGCAAUUCUCCGGAAACGAAAAUUAGACUAUUAUUUACACAAACUACUUCCUGAGAUCCUACAGUCUGCUUCAUUUUUGACUACUAAUGGGGCCUUGUAUAUGGCUUUCUUUUGCAUUUUAAGGAAGAUACUUGGAAAAUUCUACUUAUGGAGCCCUGGCUUUGGUGCUGCUUUGCCAGCGUCUUAUGUGGCCAUUCUAAUUGAAAGAAAAAGCAGGAGAGGGCUCCUCACAAUUUAUAUGGCCAACUUGGCCACAGAAACACUGUUUAGAAUGGGUGUAGCAAGAGGAAUCCUCACAACGUUAAGAAAUGGAGAAGUCCUUUUGUUCAGCAUCACAGCUGCCAUGUACAUGUUCUUUUUCAGAUGUAAAGAUGGUUUGAAAGGAUUUACAUUCUCAGCACUUAGAUUCAUUGUAGGGAAGGAAGAGAUUCCCACACAUUCUUAUUCACCAGAGGCAGCCUAUGCAAAGGUGGAACAAAAGAGAGAGAAACAUGAGGAAAAACCAAGAAGAAUGAAUAUAAUUGCUCUAGUCAGGAAACUUGUAGAUUCAGUAUGCAAGCAUGGACCAAGGCAUAGAUGUUGCAAACACUAUGAAGAUAAUUGCAUCUCUUAUUGCAUUAAAGGUUUCAUCAGAAUGUUUAGCGUGGGGUACUUGAUCCAGUGCUGCCUCCGAAUCCCCUCUGCAUUCAGACAUCUGUUUACACAGCCAUCCCGGCUAUUUUCUCUCUUCUAUAAUAAGGAAAACUUCCAGCUCGGAGCUUUUCUUGGUUCUUUUGUUAGUAUAUACAAGGGUACUAGUUGCUUCCUGCGCUGGGUCAGAAACCUGGAUGAUGAACUGCAUGCUAUUAUAGCUGGAUUUUUGGCGGGUAUAUCAAUGAUGUUUUAUAAGAGCACAACAAUUUCCAUGUACUUAGCUUCUAAAUUGGUGGAGACAAUGUAUUUCAAAGGCAUUGAAGCAGGGAAGGUUCCCUAUUUUCCCCAUGCAGAUACUAUCAUCUAUUCCAUCUCUACAGCAAUUUGCUUCCAGGCAGCUGUCAUGGAAGUUCAGACUUUGCGGCCAUCUUACUGGAAGUUCCUUUUAAGGCUCACUAAGGGCAAAUUUGCCGUCAUAAACAGAAAAGUUCUUGAUGUUUUUGGUACUAGUGCAUCUAAACACUUUCAGGAUUUCAUCCCCAGGUUGGAUCCAAGAUAUACGACUGUAACACCAGAGUUGCCCAUAGAACUUUCUUGAAGAUAACUGUGAAUUGUUAACGUGACGAAAUGUCUCAUCAUUUUAUCCUGAAGAGUUAAUUAUUUUGAAAACAAAGAAGGGGGCCCGAGCUCGAACUUCAGUGUUAUUUCAGUGAGAGAUGCUCUUUUUUGUUUUGUUUGUUUUUCUUACCAAUCAGAAAUACUGAAGCUUUUUAGGAAGGUCUUGCUUAAUAAUUAAGCUCCCUCUGUAGCCAGAAUCUGAUUCUGGAUCACUGUAGUGGUUGGCAUUAUGAUAUAUUAUCAGUUAAAUUAUGUCCACAAGCAAUUUAAAAUAAUCUAUGUAGAAUUGUAAUAACAAAUAAGAGUAUACUUAAAAUUACUUUAAAAGAUGUCUUUAGUUCAUUCCAAUAUAAUUCUUGGUUAAAAGUAAGAAUGUUUCUAAUUUUAGGAUUUUUAAGGAUCACGGGUAUAUAGAUUUGGUCUUUUUUUUUUUUUUUUACUUUUUAAUUGGUAACUCUAGUGGUGAAAUAUUAUGGAUUUGAAGUUACUCUUCACAAACAAUGCUGCUUUAGUAUAGAGCAAUUUAAUUGAAGAAAGUGGCCGUUUUACUUCAGGGAUGCAAAAGUGAGGCUCAUGCCAUUUGGAUGAAUGCCGUGGGAGCCAUGUUGUUUUUUCCACUGAUAACACCAUCUCUAGCUCCAUGACCAGUUGGGCUGUUGGACAGUGCAGUGAACCUAUGCACUGGCAGGUUAGAAACAACUGGAAAUUUGAUAAAGUUGAAAUGGCCAGUUUUAAUCUUUUACAGAAGCAUUACACUUGAAUAUUUAAAAAACAAAUGACGUUACUUUUAAACCUCCUAUAGAUUUAUUGAAGCCCUGGUAGCAAAGUGGUUGCGCGCUCAGGCUGCUAACCAAAAAGGUCAGCAGUUUGAAUCCACCAGCCGCUCCUUGGAAACCCUAUGGGGCAGUUCUCCUCUGUCCUAUAGGGUCGCUAUAAGUUGGAAUCGACUCGACGACACACAACAACACAGAUUUAUUAUGUUUGUUUUCAUUCAUUGGGACUGAAUUCUUUAUAGCUAAGUUUGUAUACUAUUGUUUUAAGAGGGAUCAAAAUCCUAUAGAAAUAAAGUAGUUUUGGCAAGUUUGGCAGUUCUCUGUCAACUGUUUCACCAAUAUAAUGGAUGUUUUACAACUAAAAAAAAUGUAUAUAUAUAUGUAUAUAUAUAUGUAUAAAUACACUGGUUGUUAAAAAGUCUGUUGCAUCACUAAUUGGAUUCAAGUCCUCCAGCUUCCCUUUUUUAAAGAAAAUUAUUGUCACCGUAUUUACUGUGUUAGAAUAAAGAAGUGACAAAAUACAGUCACUGCUGAUUAUGAAAGUUCAGGACAGCUGUGACUGAAAUAUGAUCGCUUUUUAGAGUUUUUCAGGGAAAGGUUGUACUUUUCUAAGCUAAUGAAAGGCUUAAGUGGUUGCGAUGUCUACAGUUAUGUAACAUAUAGGGAUGAUGGUAUAUUUUUUUAAUAUAAUUUUAUUGCUGAAAAGUUUUUAGGUCAUUGUGAAUUAUGCAGCAGAACUUGCGUUGCAGUAGGAAUUAUUAUGCAGACUUUAAAAAUGCUUAAUCCCCCAUAUUCAAUUUCAUGAAGUCCUGUAUACUUCUGUUUAUGUGUAAUCCUAUCCUUGGUUGUUAUGGCAAAUUGAAACCCAACAAAAGGACAAACUCUGAUACCUUGGUAACAGAGAGAGCCACUCUAAUUUGGCCAAAAAUUUGCAUUGUGAUUAAUGUAUUAGACUUGGCCUGUACUAUCAGGCAAUAUUGUUAAAGGGCUGGUUUGGUUUCAGACUUCAAAAGGGAUUAAUAAAUUAAAUUUUAAGUUUUUAUUCACUGAAAUCAAAAUGAUGAUUGGUACUGUAUUUAUUUUUUAAAAUGAAGUAUUACAGCAGUGAGGAAGCCCUGCUGCCUGUACAUCAUUUUCUGUACUCAGAAAUUAUGUUCAUGAUAUUUUUCCUGUCAGGUUAAAAGAAAACCAUUUUAAUCCAUCACUUACUGUGUUUAAUGAAAUUAAAAGACUAUGAGAUUGAAAGACAAAUUCUAGUGAAAUUUGCUGAGAUUUUUUAGUAAAAUUUUGCCGGUCAAAAUGGUGCAUUUCUAUCAUUUACAUGUUUUUUUUUACAAGUUAGUCAUGUUUUAUUUUAUAUAAAAUGUAAAAUGAAAGCCAUCAUAAGGCUGAAUAAAAUAAUGAAUGUAUAGCUUAACUGAAUAGUUGACUAAGUUGCACUGGUGAAUAGAGAAGUCCAGUUUGAUUUUAUUGGCACAGACUGCAGAGUAUUGUUCUUCAACCAAAUGCAAAGAAACUGUGUUUUGGUUCUUAAAGACAAUCAAAAUGACUAUCUUUCUACUUCUAACUAAUCAGAUACUGAUUACAACUUCUUGGCAUCAUAAAUAAAGUCAAAUGGAUCUCUCUAUGCCAAAACACGUUUUCUAGUCCAUUUAUACUCUGAAUAAAUCUUGCCCAUGGUAAGUUACCACCAGAACUGAUGACAUUAAACAUUAAUAUGCCUCCUAAGUCUUCUCUAUAUCUUUCUGGAGUCUGAAGAACAGUGCAUUUAGGGCAGUAGUAUUAUUGUUGCUCCAUUUCUUUUUCCUGUGUCAUUAAAAUCCUAGAGCUAUUGCCAACCAAGUAAAGGCCAAGGUUGCAAGGUAACAAAUUAUUUCAAAUCUAUUAGAUUCUUACUAGUUUCUCAACCGGUUUCAGUGUCCAUUUUAUUAUUCAUUUCUGAAAUAAUAGGUAUAAAAUAGGAUCAGUUAUCUUUUUUCAUAAAUUCUGUGGUUGCUUCUAUAAUUUUUUUCCUUGAUCUUUAAGCAUAAUUGUUUUAAUUUAGAAUAAUUUCUUUUAAUUUAUAGUUUUAUAUUUUUAUUCUUUGCUCUCAGAUGUUAUAAUUCACUUUUAUCCAGGAUGAACAUGUCUUUUUUGAUAGAACCAAAGGGGCAAUUGUCACCCAGUGUUUCCUGGAUGAGCCUGAGUAUUCAGCUCCUUGUGGAGUAUGCCUUUAUUUCCAGGACAGUCUGUCUUUUCUCUUCUCAGCAAUCCCGUAACAUCACUUGACUCUGGAAUGUAUUGUGGCUAGAUAGAAAGGGCAAGAAAUCAUUUCAUAUUUACUGUUGCUUUCUCCAUUUUCCUCUCAUCUCUCCUUCUCGCAAAUGUGUCCUAAGUGAAUAAUGUAUUGGGCUUUUAUCCCUCAUCCCUGCAGCCCUGAAAAGCCUGGUCAUAAGCUCAGACAUGUAUACCAUCUGGCCAACAGCAGAAGGAGGCAUCAGGACUAGGUGCAAUUUUUACCUUUUUCUCCAGCUCUCAAACCACUGCAGCUUGCUUGACUUUCCAUCAGUUUUCUGUUUAGUUUUGCUCCCCAACAAAGUACAGCAUAACUUUUUAAUCAUGUCAGAACACCCCAGACAGCAGGUUAUAGGAUGUUUCCUGGUAUUGACCAUAGAUACACAACAUGCUUUUAUCUGCCUUGCUUUAAAUUCCUCUAUGGCUCUGGAGUUCCAGGCUUCCACAAAGUGGACCUGUAGACCUGUGGGCUGAAUUUACUCUGUAGUGUUACUUCCCUUGGUCCCUUCAUUUGGACCAGGCCAUCUCUGUGGCCUAUUUCCUCUAUGUCUGUUAAACUUUUUUUCAGUUAUCCGUCAACUCCUUAUAUGAAUUUUCUUUUCAGAUAUUUUUUGGUCCCCUAAGGGGACCCUAAGGCCAUAGAGAGGGAUUGGUGCCAAAGGUCUAAAAAGGUUUAAAGGAUGGACAAGAAGAGAAUGUAAACAUGUAUUACAAGCCUUAUCUCUUCCCUAUUUCUUUCUUUGCUUUCUUCAGUCUGUGCUUUCCUAUCAUAUCUUUUCAAUUUAUUUCUUCAGCUUGAGGGAAAAAAAAAGAGGUACUUACUUUCCUGUUUAUUUCAAGGAAAACUGAAGGUGAGGACUAGUAACCCAUGCAGCCUAGAUACAAGCAUCAGUUUGACUCUUAGUCAGGUAAGAGACUGAGGAAAUGUUACCAAGUUUAUAAGAAAAAGAGAUAGCUUCCCUUUCUCCAAGCUCCCUUCAGAAGUGAGCCAGAGGGUAAUGAUUAGGGGCAGGGCAGGUGACUGCAGAGCCCACUAUGUUAACCAGGAGGCGGUCCAAGAUGGUGGCAUAGUCACAUGCUUCAUAAUGUCCCUCAUACAACAAAGACCUCAGAAAACAAGUGAAUCAGAUAUAGAUGACAACUUUGGAACCUUGAACAUCAAAGACAAGGCUGAAGAAUCAGGCCAUGUGCCAAGUAGAAGGAGAAACUGUACAAAAACAGCAGACACGGAGAAUUAUGGAUCACUGGUGCCCUACCAGCUGAACUUUGCAUGGCGCAGCUAUACUGAGACAAAGCAAGCACUGUUCCCAGCUAAGAUCCUGUCACCUGGUGCAAUGAAGUAGGAGCAACUCUGUACCCACAAC